GCCCAUUCACUCCGCGCGGGCAGGUGCGAGCGGCCGGUCAACUGCCGGGCAGGCGUGAACGCGGCCAGCCGGCUCCACUAACCGCACCCUCCACGCCGCCCUCCGCGCUGCGCCCCUGCCCGCCGCCCGGCCGCGCGUCCGUCAUUCCAUCCGUGGUGCCGCCCGCGUCCCGCCACGCCGGCUCGGAGCUGGAAGUGCCCUCAUACCCUCCCGAGACGUCUCUGCUCCAAGAUCCAGGUGAUCCUCGGGUGACAAGGUGUUGACCCUCGCAUCGUAGUCCAGAUUUGAACAGCAGAAUGGGGUGCAAAGUACUGCUCGACAUUGGCCAGCAGAUGCUGCGGCGGAAGGUGGUGGACUGCAGCCGGGAAGAGAGCCGGCUGUCCCGCUGCUUGAACACCUUCGACCUUGUGGCCCUUGGGGUGGGCAGCACGCUGGGAGCCGGCGUCUACGUCCUGGCCGGAGCUGUGGCCCGAGAGGACGCGGGCCCUGCCAUCGUCAUCUCCUUCCUGAUCGCCGCCCUGGCCUCGGUGCUCGCCGGCCUGUGCUACGGCGAGUUUGGCGCUCGAGUCCCAAAGACGGGCUCGGCCUACCUCUACAGCUACGUCACCGUCGGGGAGCUCUGGGCCUUCAUCACCGGUUGGAACUUGAUCCUCUCCUACAUCAUCGGUACUUCAAGCGUAGCAAGAGCCUGGAGCGCUACGUUUGAUGAGCUCCUAGGCAGACCCAUCGGGCAGUUCUCCCGGACACACAUGGCCCUGAAUGCCCCGGGGGUGCUGGCCGAAAACCCCGACAUAUUCGCUGUGAUCAUAAUUCUCAUCUUGACAGGACUUUUAACUCUUGGUGUGAAAGAGUCGGCCAUGGUCAACAAAAUAUUCACUUGUGUCAACGUCCUGGUCCUGGGCUUUAUCAUGGUGUCAGGAUUCGUGAAAGGAUCAAUUAAGAACUGGCAGCUCACGGAGGAGGAUUUCCAGAAUACGUCCGGCCAUCUCUGUCUGAACAAUAACACAAAGGGAGGGCUGCCUGGUGUUGGUGGAUUUAUGCCCUUCGGAUUCUCUGGUGUCCUGUCAGGGGCAGCGACUUGCUUCUACGCCUUCGUGGGCUUUGACUGCAUCGCCACCACAGGCGAGGAGGUCAAGAACCCGCAGAAGGCCAUCCCCGUGGGCAUCGUCGCCUCCCUCCUCAUCUGCUUUGUCGCGUACUUCGGGGUGUCGGCCGCCCUCACGCUCAUGAUGCCGUACUUCUGCCUGGACAAGGACAGCCCCCUGCCCGACGCCUUCAAGCAUGUGGGCUGGGAAGGCGCCAAGUACGCAGUGGCCGUGGGCUCCCUCUGUGCGCUUUCUACCAGUCUUUUAGGCUCCAUGUUUCCUAUGCCUCGAGUUAUCUACGCCAUGGCUGAAGAUGGACUGCUGUUUAAAUUUUUGGCCAAAAUCAAUGAUAGGACCAAAACACCAAUAAUCGCCACGUUAACCUCCGGUGCCAUCGCUGCUGUGAUGGCCUUCCUCUUUGACCUGAAGGACUUGGUGGACCUCAUGUCCAUUGGCACUCUCCUGGCCUACUCUUUGGUGGCCGCCUGCGUGUUGGUCUUACGGUAUCAGCCGGAGCAGCCUAACCUGGUGUACCAGAUGGCCAGAACGUCCGACGAGCUGGAUCAGGCAGAGCAGAGCGAACUGGGGAGCACCAACGACUCCCAGACGGGCUUCUUGCCAGAAGCAGAGAUGUUUUCUUUGAAAACCAUACUCUCACCCAAAAACAUGGAGCCUUCCAAACUCUCUGGGCUGAUUGUGAACGUUUCAACCAGCCUCAUAGCCACUCUUAUCAUCAUCUUCUGCAUCGUGGCUGUGCUCGGGAAGGAGGCUCUGACCCAAAGGAAGCUGUGGGCAAUCUUCAUGCUCGCGGGAUCUGUCUUCCUCUGCAUCUUGGUCACCGGCAUCAUCUGGCAGCAGCCUGAGAGCAAGACCAAGCUCUCGUUCAAGGUGCCUUUCCUGCCGGUGCUGCCCAUCCUGAGCAUCUUCGUGAACGUCUAUCUCAUGAUGCAGCUGGACCGGGGCACCUGGGUGCGGUUUGCCGUGUGGAUGCUCGUGGGCUUUGCCAUCUACUUUUUCUAUGGUCUGUGGCACAGCGAGGAGGCAUCCCUGGCUGCCGACCAAGCAAGGACUCCUGACGGCAAUUUGGACCAGUGCAAGUGACGUGCAGCUCUGCCCCCUGCAGGGGGCAGCAGCCCCGAGGGACACCCCCAGGAGACAGGGAGGCACCCCGCUCUCCCCACCAGUGCAACAGGAACCACCCACAUCCACGACGCCCCCAGUGCAGCCGAAGGUGCAGUUACUUGAAGCGCAACCACAGCCCACAGCUUGCGUGUCCUGCCCAGACCCGGCUCUGCCACCCCGGUCACCUCCGGACAGCUCUCUGGCCGGGGCCACCUGGCUGUGGCUGGCCACUGUGUCUCCUCCCUUCUCUCUCAACCAAGAAAGCAGCUCUUCUCCUCGUCAGCCCAGCAGCCUGGUGCCUGGCUCGGCAGGACAGAGGUCACCUUCUCUCCUUAUCUGGGGAGCCAGGCUCCCCCGCCCCAAGGACUGCUUUGGGUGGAAAAUGUGCAUACUCCAAACUCAGUAGCCAGCUCCCCUUCCGUCCCCACAGUAGCCGUAGACGAGAGACAGUACCACAAAACGGUGUCCCCAGCAGCCCCACCCCAGAGCCAAAGGACAGCUGUGUACUUAGAGAGGAACAACAGGACCAUUUCCUUCUCCCGCUCCUGCCUGCAUUGCUUCCAGGUGGGGCUGUUAGGGCUGGACCCCUCCACAACCGGCCCUGCUGGGCUUGGUCUCGCUCUGACACCGGGCAGGUGGGUCCUUUCAGACAAGGAAGGAGGGGUCGCUCCAGGUGGGAAUGAAGGCCUUAGGGCAGGGGUGAGCUGGCUGCACUCACGCACACGCGUAAACCGGGGUCCUGCCGCCCACGCCCUCCAGGCCUGGGCCAGUUCUUGCUGCUUCCGCUCCUUUUGCUGCUGCCUGCGCCCCCCGUAACUGGAACACGAGACUGUCUGUGUAGGACUGGCCUCAGACGGGCGGAGUCUAGAACUUUCCUGUGCGUCUUUGCCGUUCCCUGACUCUUGCCCUCCCACGCCUGCUCUGGGCUCCUGUAAGGCUCUCCAGGCAGGGGGCAGCUCGGUCCAAGGUCAUGGCACGUCUCGGUCACCAUGCUCCUGGCCUCUGUCUUACAUAGGGUGAAACUGAAAUUAGUCCAUAGUUGAGGCGAUUGUGAAUCACUCCGCCAAACUAAGCUGGGGCUUGACUUUAACUUGGAAAAUGGCCAGAUAAUUACCCCGUGCUAUUGGCACAUCCUGCAGGAUGUGUGAUCCACACGUGAGAUGAUUUUCGGUCACAGUGCCGUCCCUCUCCUGUCGCCGUCAUCCAAACACUGUGGCUUUGCAUCCGCAGAGGGACUCUGACCCUGCCCUGGGCCUCCAGCGUCCCUAAGUCGGAGAGCGCGGGUGCCGCUGAGACGCCGACCUGCAGCUCCCUGUCUGCCGAGAGGCCCUGGGCCUCCUCUCCAGCCCGGGCGAGCCGGGACAAACACCAUUCCACACACUCCUCGUGGAUGGCAGGCAGGGGCAGCAGCAGGCUGAUGAGCCUCACUUCCCUCCCUAGCACAGCUCAGGAGACACAAGGCCCUGAUUCUGAAGCGGGGUUGGCACCGUGGACGCCACAGGAAAUGUAAAUGCUGCUUCCAGACUUAGUUGUCCAUUUCUGUCCAAUCUGGCCUUUGACACAAAUCUGGUAGAAAGAAGCCUGAUAAAUUAACAGCACUUGACUUUUCCCCCUCUGCCCCAGAAGGUCCUUGGAGAGAAAUGCAAGCAUUGGUGUCACAGCCAGUGGAGGGCGGGUGGGCGAUGCCAGA